CUGCUGCUGUACAAGAAACUAUAUAGUGACUGCAUUCCGCUGAAGUUUGCUCUCAGUAUAUUACCGAAGAGACCAGGCAAUAUGAGACGCUGCCCUGACAGAGAGUACUGGGACAGGCUUGUCCGAAAAUGUAUGCCUUGCAAGAACAUGUGUCGGGGUCAGCCCCAGCCCGAGAAAUGUGUCCCUAUCUGUGCGACUCUGAAGUGCGAAGCCACUCCAGGGACGUACUACGACGAGCUCAUAAAGAACUGCAUGUCGUGUUCCGAAGUGUGCGGCGGACCUGCGCCACAGUGCCCCGAGACGUGUCGAAUGGAAAGGCAGCCGGCCCUGAGCCCCACGAAGAGGCCGCAGAUGGACAGGCUGCAGGACUACCACACCGUGGUGAUCUACAGCCUGCUGGGCUGCUGCCUGGCGGCGCUCAUCUGCUCCCUGUCCAUCGCCCUGCUCAUCCUGCUCAAGAGGUGCCGGGGCGCCGAGACCAAGACGGCGUCCUUCCGGGGCCAGGAGCCGAAUGAGUACGCCGACAGGUCAUCCAAAGAUCCGUUGGUGGAAACCGUCUUGCCGAAGGAGUCUUCUGUAGCCAAGGGGAAACCCCGGCCUACCGAGACCUGCAUCUACUGCUUUCCAGAGCUGAGAAUGGCUGGAAGAAUAGAGGGGAAACAGACGGAGACCCCCCUCGUCUUUCAGCAGGCGGCGCCUACCACAAGCCCAACCACGGCCACCUCCAUCCCCCCCAGCACCUUGGACAAGGACCGGACCAUCAAAAUAAUUUGUUCCCCUUCCCAGACCACCUCUUCAUUUGAAAUUGCAGCCCAGCAUUAGGGGAGCAGAGUGCCAUGGGAAAAUGAGACGACCUGGGCUAUGGUUUCAACAACAGCAAUAGGACAGUGGCUUGAUGGUGCUUUCAGGAAACGAGCAGGACGAAUCUUGGAGGGGCACUGGAACUCCACUGGACACCAUGAAGUCAUGCAGCUCAUGCGUUCAAGAGAGAGUGGAAACAAGCGAGCACACAAGAUCGAAAUCCUAAUAAUGGCGAGGCCUGUGCUUGGGAGCUUUUUCAGUAUUGGUGUGAUUGUACAAUCACAAAAUAAAAAUUUAGGAGUAUUUGCAUUCAGGGUAGGCUGGGGUUUAAAGAAUAUAUAGAAGAGUUUUAAAGGCUGUUUUUUAUCACUGCAGAGCUAAGCAUGUUCCACCUCUGAUAUAUAUUAGAUCACAACCAAUCUACUAAUUUAACCGAAUUAUCUCCAAGAGUAACAGAGCUGUUAAUUAAGAUAAUAAAUUAAAUAAUUUAAAUUUAGGCACUGAGAUCUUGGGUACCGGGAAACAAUGGGGCUUUGUAGGACUGGACAUGACUAUCACUGCUUCGACCACAAUACAGGAGUCACAAAGAUGAAGCACAAAAAAAUGCUAAUUUCUUCUAUUGUAUCCCAGUCCCAGCGAUUGAAAAAUCUGUGCUGUUUAUUUCACAUUAUAUCUGGGCAAAAGAUUCAGACGGGAUUAAGAUUAAGUCACCGUGUUGCACCGUAAGCAUUGUGAAAACUAUUACUAGCACUUUUGCAGAAUUGAACAGUUUUCAGUGAUGUUAAUGAAAAUGUGUUCAUGUGAAAUGCACUUUAAGUCACAGUGUGUUUCUGGGCUAUUUAUGAUCCUUUUCUCCAUGAUUACCACAGUAUUCUUCCAAUCCAAUUCUCCCUCACAGUGGACACAGCGCAGUCUAACUCAGGCUCCUGCUCUGUGAUGCAACAGCUCCUGUCACUAUUGUUACGUGACUAGAAUUCCAACACAGAACUAGCUUGUUCAUCUUGAGCACAGUGAAUUAAAAACAACGUCCCAAAUUAGUUGAACAUUUACUUUUUUAGACCAGGGAGAGAGCUGGGAGUUUAGUAUUGCCUGCAAUAACAGCUUAAAAUGGAACUAGGCAAAGCUGAAGCACAGAAAAAUGUUGGGCAGAAGUAGCAAUAUGCAUCAUCUGAAAAAGGUCAUUAGCAAGAUUGGAGUUUCUCCCCAAAGUAGGGAGAAAAUAACUCUCCAUGUGUCAGCAGCAGACACUGGUGCAGUGCAAGAAUCGCUUUAUCCAUCAAGAUUAGUAUCCAACUGGAGACUGACCCAGCAGGCACAGGGGUUAACACAGAAUCUCACAGGUUCUCAACGGAGCAAAGAGGCUCAAGAAAAAACUGCAACGCGAAAACAUGAAACACAGCACCCAAGUAAGAGAAACUCAGGUGUGAGUCUCACAUCCACAUUCUGGGACUGUACAUACUGCACCUUCUCACCAGUAUGAGGUAUUAAAUGCACCACAUACAUAAAAGAAACUCCCUUUCACCUGGGAACCUUGAAGAUGGAGUGUUUAAGAACACAAACUGCUCAACCGUCACCCAGAUGGAUAUGCACCUUAGUACAGGGGUGUCCAGCGUAACGUGAGGGGUGACAAUUUGUUUUUCCUUUCUUGUGCUCGAACACUUGUUUGUCCAUUGGUUUGCUGUAAUAAACAAAACACACAAAGCUUCCAACAGGCCAGAAAGAGCUUUUUAUGUAGUUCCCUUCCUUGGGCUCAAGUCAUUUCAAUA